AUGAAAAGAAGAGAUCAAGUUUUAUUUACCGUUGGUGCCAUUGCAGCUCUUACUGUUCUUCUAUUCUUGGCAGACAGUCUUUCUGGUAACAGAAAGCCUUAUAGCCACAGAUCAGAUAAGCAAGCUUCUAAUAUCAGCACUCAGGAUUUAGGUAUGAGUGAUAUUCCAAUAAUAAGAAAAGAUAAGUACAUUUUGAGGGGCCUUGACAUAAAUGAUUAUGAAAAGGGAUUUAUUGAUUGCAUGAACCAAUUGACCAAGCCUGGUGUAGUCACAAAGAAGCAAUUUGAAGAAAGGUAUCGAUCCUUAUGCAAAGAAGGAUGCUAUAAGAUAAUAAUUGCGUAUGACCCUGGGGCUGAAAAAGUUAUUGGAAGCGGAACUCUAUUUAUUGAAAAGAAAUUCAUCAGGGGAUGUGUUACUAAGGGGCACAUAGAAGACUUAGUUGUGUUAAAAGAAAGGAGAGGGGAAGGCAUUGGUAGAGAUAUACUGGAGGCAUUAAUUUCGAUUUCUAAAGAAAUGGGAUGCUACAAGACUGCUCUGGUGUGCGAUCCAAAGAAUUUGGAAUUCUACAAGAAAUGCGGGCUUGCAGAGAAAGAGAGGGAGAUGGUGAUGUAUCAUUAA